GUGCUUGUAUUGUUAGGCAAAUUGACACCCAUUUUUACAAUUUGGGCUCCGUAGCUAAAAUUAGCUUAGCUAUAGUCCCUAUAGCCGAUCACACACACAUCCUAUCCCUUUCAACUCCUACUUCCUCCAUUGAACACUACCACCACACCUGUCACCGCAUCUCCGACCAACCAUUCCCGCCGAUCCGUUGAACCUCUCCGGUCACAAAUCCUCCAUUGAUCACAUAUUAUUUUCAUCGGAUUGAAUUGCAAUAUCGAAGUGAAUAUGGCAAGCGGGCAAGUGUCAAAACGAGUCAAGUUUAAGAGUUCAGUGAAAGACCCUGGCACUCCUGGUCGAUUAUACCUGACUUUGGAGAGGUUGAUGUUCAAACCUAAUAGUCCUAAUUCAGCUACAAAGCUUAAUAUGGAGUUUAGAUUCGUUAAAAAUCAUAAGUACACUAAGGAGGGAUCAAAUAAAGCACCAAUGCUUAAUCUCACUUCGAGUCAGGGUGUGAGUUACAUAUUUGAGUUUGAAAGUUAUGAUGAUCUCCACGUUUGCAAAGAGUGUGUAGGCAAAGCCCUUUCGAAGACUGGAGAGACACCAAAGCCUAUAGACACUUCAGAAGUUCCUUCUGAACAACCUAGCACAGAAGAAUUGCUUUUGCGGAUGAAUAUGCUGCAAGAAAAUAGUGAGUUGCAGAACCUUCAUAAGCGGUUUGUGAGUGAUGGUAUCUUGACAGAAGCUGAAUUUUGGGCAACUAGGAAGAAGUUGCUUGGUGGGAACUUCAGCAAAAAGUCAAAACAACGGACAGGCCUUAAAAGUUUCGUGCUUUCAGACACCAAGCCAUCAACAGACGGUCGAACAAACAAAGUUACAUUUACUUUGACUCCUGAGAUUGUUCGUGAGGUUUUUGCAGAGAAACCAGCAGUACACCGAGCAUACUUGGAUUUAGUUCCCAAAAAGAUGUCAGAAAGGGAUUUCUGGAGCAAAUAUUGUAGAGCAGAAUACCUCCAGCAUGCAAAAAAUGCUAAUGCUGCAGCUGCUGCUGCAGCAGAAGCUGCUGAAGAUGAGGAGCUUGCUCUUUUCCUGAAACCUGAUGAUAUUUUGGCUAGCGAAACUCGGCGGAAGAUCAGAUGUGUUGAUCCAACUCUAAACAUGGAAGCUGAUGAAGGGGAUGAUUAUACACAUCUUCCAGAUCAUGGGAUUGUCCGUGAUGGUAGCAAGGAAAUAACUGAAUCACAGCAUGAACUAUAUAUAAGAACUCUGUCACAGGAGCUAAACAGGCAUGCCGCUGUUGUUCUUCAAGGAACACCUAUAGAUGAGGAACAAUUAAAAGACACUCAGACUGUAGCAGAGGCACUUAAACAGUCAAAACAGGGACAGAAUGCUUCAAAUGAAGAAACUUAUAUGAAUGCAAACCAGGACAGAUUAAGUAGGAUUUCAAAAAUGAUGGAAAUUGAUGAUCUUCAGGCAUCAAGUGAUCUUCCUUUGGCACCACUUUCUAUCAAGGAUCCAAGGGACUACUUUGAUUCUCAACAAGCUACUGCUCUUAAAAAUUCAAGAGAUACCAGUAUUGGAACUGAUCCAGUAAAACGCAUCCUGAGUGCAGAAGAAUCAUAUGCUUCUUUGAGGGACUCCAUUUCCCUCAUAAAAACCACUGGAUUGGUCGAUCCCAUAAUUAAACCAGAAGUUGCAGUAAAGGUUCUUUCAGUCUUGACCCACAAUAUCUCAAGCACCAAAUAUGAUACUGGGAAGAAUCAUGGGCUAAGUGUUUUGGACACAUUGCCAAAUACAAUUAAAGAGGAGCUGCUAUAUAUUUUGGUUUCGUUUCUUAUGUUCAUGUGGAAACUUGCCUUCAGCACUGGACGUCUCUUCAGGAGUUAUUGAAGCAUUAUUGGUCAUCAUAUCCAAUCACUACUACUUAUCUUUAUACUAAGGUAAAUGUUGUGAUUCUUUUGUCUGAGUGAGGUUGUUCCUUUUGAUUUCUGGAUUCAGAAUUUCAAUGAGAAUGUUGCAUGAUAUUUGAACCUACAAAAUGCAACAUACGAUCAGUGUCAGGAUUGAGCAGGGUAUUGAAACAGACUCUUCUAGGCUUUUGGCAAGGACAACUUUAACGACUAUAUAACUAUAGCUGAAUAAUGAAUCCAUGAACCAAGAUUUCCUCUUGCCAUGAGGUUGAUUGGGAAUAGUGUUCCCAGGAGCCCAAAGGCCAAAGUAAAUAUUGCUUUGAAGAGGAAUUUCUUUUAUUGCACCACCAUCUGAUCGUUCCACUCUCUCUCUCUCUCUCUAUCUAUCUAUCUAUCUAUCUAUCUUU